UGCCCAAUCAUUGGCGUCAGUGGGAGGAAUAGUGCCUCAUCAUUGGCGUCAGUGGGAGGAAAUAGUGCCCCAUCAUUGGCGUCAGUGGGGAGGAAUAGUGUCCCAUCAUUGGUGUCAGUGGGAGGAAUUGUCCCAUCAUUGGUGUCAGUGGGAGGAAUAGUGUCCCAUCAUUGGCGUCAGUGGGAGGAAAUAGUGUCCCAUCAUUGGCGUCAGUGGGAGGAAUAG